UUUUUAUUUUAUUAACAUUAAUAUAGUAUAAUAAUAUAUAAUAACUUUAAAUAAAAUAAUUUAUAUUUUAAUGAAUAAUGUUUGACGAAAGUUCAAAUAUAUCUGCUAAGACUUGGAAAAGAACUGUUGAAAACAUUAACAAGGUAGGGUACUCUGAUGGUGUUACGGAUGGACAAUCAUCUUCAUUCCAAUCUAGUUUUGACAUGGGAUAUGCACAAGGGCUAAGGUUCGGAUUACAAUUUGGAUAUAAAGCUUCUAACAACAAGCAAGUCUUUGAGACACAAUCAAGUGAUCCUCGUAAAAUAAACUGUCAGAUCUGCUUAAAAGGAGGUGCAUUGAUGGAGAAUGUUGUUAAUUUAUAUAACAUACAAAAGGAGAAAAAUGAAGAGUAUUUAAAAAAAUAGGAGACUUAUAGGAUUAUAAGGAUUAAUUUUGCUGAAAUUAAAAUACAAAAUAAAUAGAUUGAAUAUAAAUAAUCACAUAGAAUGAAUUAUUUCUAAUAAUUUUAUUUAUCUAAAUAUUUUUUCUUAUAUUCUAGAUUUUUUUUCUGGAGGAGGUUUCAUGUUCUCUUGUUUAAUCUCAGUUUUAAUUUCCAUAUGACCUUGCAUAUUACCAUUUGUCAUGUCUGAACUGAUGGGAUCCAAUGGUUCUUGUUUAAUUGUUAUGUUAUUUAAAGUGCCACCUGCUUCUUUC